GGCUGUCAGACUAACGCUCCACAGCCGAGCUAGCCACUUCGUUAGUGUGUAGCUUUUUCCCCCCUCUGUAUUUUAGCGUACAGGCGGAGGUCGGAACGAGCGUUGCAGCGGCGACGUAAAGCCGUGCCAGCCCUCCGCAAUCCUAACGCUAUCACCCGGCCUGGCUAUGGAUGAGCAGGCGGGGCCCGGCGUCUUUUUUAACAAUAAUAAUAAUUCAGUUUUGGCCGGCGGCGCCAAAGGACCGGGGCCACAAGCCGAAGGAGGCGGAGGGGAAGCGGCCAGAGCUCAGUAUAGUAUUCCGGGGAUUUUGCACUUCCUACAGCACGAAUGGGCCCGAUUCGAGUUGGAAAGGGCGCAGUGGGACGUGGAGCGGGCCGAGUUGCAGGCCCAGAUUGCUUUUCUGCAGGGUGAGCGUAAGGGACAAGAGAAUCUGAAGAAAGACCUGGUCCGCAGGAUCAAGAUGCUGGAAUAUGCACUGAAACAGGAGAGAGCAAAGUACCACAAGUUAAAAUAUGGAACUGAGUUAAGUCAAGGUGAUAUGAAACCACCAAACUAUGACUCUGAUGAAGGGAAUGAAAAUGAAAAUGAAAAUGAGGUGCGAGCACCACAGAAUAGCCAGAUAACAUGGAAACAAGGCCGACAGCUUCUUAGACAGUAUCUACAAGAGGUGGGCUACACGGACACAAUCCUGGAUGUUAAGUCACAGAGAGUUAAAGCAUUAUUGGGUUUGACUGGUGAUGGUGAAGAGAGACCUUCGGAUUCAAACCUUGAGCCAAUGGUGAAUGGCACCGAGCCAUCUUUAAAGGAAGCUAUAAUGAUUGGAAAACCUGAUUUAUCUGACUCAGCAUCUGUACUUGAUACCUUUAAAUUUAUGGAAAGUGCUGCUGCAGAGUUUAGUGAUGAAGAUGAUGAUGAUGAUAGUGAAGGAAAAGAGAAAACAAUAAUUGAUUCGGCAACUAUUGUGAGAAAGAAAGUGCCAUCAUCAUCUUCCACUUCAUCAAUGUCUGAAGUUAGUGAUGACCCUGACACGGAAGAGGCUCUCAAAGAAUUUGACUUCUUGGCAACAGAUGAUGGAGAUGGAUUGGCAGAAUCAAGAAGUGCUGGAGAUGGAACAGAAUGGGAAAAGGAAGAACAGUGUCCCAUACCAGAAGGCUGGGACGUGGACCAGGGCUUAAUAACCAAGCUCAAGGAGCAAUACAAAAAGGAACGCAAGGGGAAAAAGGGGGUGAAGAGGCCAAACAGGUCAAAGCUUCAAGAUAUGCUUGCCAAUCUAAGAGACGUGGAAGAACUUCCUCCCAUGCAGCCUCCUGUGGCACCUCCUUCUCGACCUACCAUAACACGGCUUAAUGAACAUGAAGCAACAAGAACAGAUGAAAUGGAUGCGUUGACCUUUCCACCAUCAUCAGGAAAAGCCUUUAUUAUUGGUGCAGAUGAAGCAAUGGAAAGCGAGCUUGGUCUCGGAGAACUUGCAGGUCUGACAGUUGCCAAUGAGGCAGAUACACUCACAUAUGAUAUAACUAACAAUAAAGAUGCACUAAGGAAAACAUGGAACCCAAAAUUUACGUUACGGAGUCACUUUGAUGGGAUUCGAGGUCUCGCUUUUCACCCUGUUGAACCAGUGUUGUUAACUGCUUCAGAAGAUCACACUCUGAAAAUGUGGAACUUGCAGAAAACAGCUCCUGCAAAAAAGAGUACCUCACUAGAUGUGGAGCCUAUCUACACAUUUAGAGCUCACAGGGGUUCUGUAUUAUGUGUAGUGAUGAGCACUAAUGGAGAUCAGUGUUUCAGUGGUGGAAUUGAUGGGACAGUUCAGAGCUGGAAUACUCCUAGCCCAAAUGUUGACCCUUAUGAUUCAUAUGAUUCAUCUAUACUGCGAGGUGCUCUUUUGGGUCACACCGAUGCAGUAUGGGGUUUAGUAUACAGUGCGGCACAUCAGAGGUUACUGUCCUGUUCAGCAGAUGGCACUGUACGAUUGUGGAAUGCUGCAGAAAUCUCUCCAGCCUUGACAGUAUUUAAUGAAAACAAAGAGCUGGGGAUUCCCUCUUCUGUUGAUCUUGUAUGCAGUGAUCCAGCACAUAUGGUUUCAUCAUUUAACACAGGAAACACAGGGAUCUUCAACAUGGAGACACGACAGUUGGUUCUUAAUCUUGAGUCUAAUACUGACACUGGUGCUUCUUGUCAGAUCAACAAGGUUCUCAGCCAUCCAACCCUUCCCAUUACAAUUACGGCACUGGAGGACAGGCACAUUAAGUUCUUUGAUAACAACACAGGCAAACUGAUCCAUUCAAUGGUGGCACAUUUAGAUGCUGUUACGAGUUUAGCUGUUGAUCCAAAUGGAUUGUAUUUGAUGUCUGGUAGUCAUGAUUGUUCAAUCCGUUUGUGGAACCUAGAAAACAAGACUUGUAUUCAGGAAUUCACUGCCCAUCGAAAGAAAUUUGACGAGUCUAUCCAUGAUGUGGCAUUCCACCCAUCCAAAUGUUACAUUGCCAGUGCAGGAGCCGAUGCUUUGGCCAAAGUCUUCGUAUGACACAGUUUUUCCUUCAGCACAUCAUGCUCUGUAUCUCUCAGCCAGCUCCAAGAGACAGACUACAACUAAUGAGGAACAAAAGGGGUUCUGCUUUUUAAUGGGUGUAAUGGAUGUUUUGGCAAGUUGCCCUUCAAGAUAGCCAGUGAAUGGCUCAGGACUUCUUACAAAAGCCCCUUUUUAACUUCACAGCAAGGGCCUUAUAGCUUAAAUUCUGCUCUGUUCUAAUAAAGAUAUAUAAUAAUAAUAAAACACAGCUAUAUAUAGAGCUGUGCUCUACAUCCCUCCAGGCCGGCCUGGAUGAAAGUAGGCUUGUGCAAGUCAUGUGAGCUUCAUUGAGUUAUUAGGGAUUCAUUAAAAUAUAGUUUUGUAACAAGAGUGGCAGUGGAAAUUGCAUUAUUGUAAUUUCACAUAUUGGCUGGAGAGGCUUUUAGUUAAUGCUACAAAUCUUUUGUGUUGCAUACCACUUUCUUCAUUGAAAAUUUCAUUAACUACAGGCUUAACAAUGUUUUCUUAAAUUGAUUGUCAAACCAACGAUAUUAGGAGGUUUCAUUUUAGGAACUUAAUGAUGUAUAUCGCAUUAAAUUACGAUACAACCUUACCUUUUCUGACUGAUAACCUGAAGUCUAGUUUUAAAAUUCGAAUAUUGAUUGUGGCCAGUGAAGAAUCGGUUCAGUUUUUAAGCGAUACCUAUCUCUUAAAAAUAACUUAAACAAACAAAAAUCUCUCUAGUGCUUAAUACUUCUUCCAGACAAUAAAAAAAAAAAAGUUUUGCACCGUAAAUGUAAAUUUGGGGACAAAGAAGCAAUUUGCAAGUUUAUUUUUUUUACAAUUGUUCCUUUAAAAAGAGCAUAAGAGUAUGUAGGAAUCUACAGGGUUAGAUUAGGAUUAGAGUUCACAAAUUUGUGAAUUAAUUCUGAAAUCUGAUUGAUUUAAAACAACAUCACUAUAAACAUGAAUUUUCCUAUCAUCUCUCAUCUUAAAUUCCUUACUUUUUUCAUCAAUGAUUUUGCCAAUUAUUUAUGUCAUACUGUCAUUUACGUUUUUAAUUUUUAUUAAAAUCACAAAAGUGUUCAGGGAUAUUUUAUAAAUGUAUAAUACGUUUCCAGUGGAUACCAAUUUAAUUUUUAUUAUUUCAAGCCUCGCCUUUUUUACUUGAUUAGGGUUAAUAAUCCUAAAUGGAAGCUUUUAAUUUCUUUUGACCAUUUUAACCAACUGGGUUUUCCCCACUUUCCCUUGUCAGAUAUAAUUCACUGCCAAGCUUUAGAGACAUUUCAUUUCCUGCUUUAAAGAUUAUCAAAUCUGUAAUAAGAAAAAGAACGAACAUUAAAAGUGAUGAAACGCCCGCACAAGGCAGCUAGUGCAAAUUGCACAAUGAGCUCUAGACAUUUUAUUGUAGUUCUUUUAAAAAUAAAAUUUUGGUAACAUCAAUUUUGAAGUUACCCAUGUUCAUCUGGUCUGUUAUUUUUUUAAUUUGUUUACAAAAAUAAAGAAGAUACACCACCCCAUGACAAACUGCAUCGGGUGUUGAGUGCAGUGAUGAAAGACCUUUAACCCUUACUUUCACAGCAGAUUAAUGUAUUGUGCUAAGAUAUAUUUAAAAAUGUAAAGUGGCUAUGAUUUGGCAAUCAAAAUAUUAAAAAAAAAAAGAUUAAUUAAAUCCGCAGUUUCUGUGGCAGGUGGGAUGGACUGCAGUUGCCCCAAGCCUUUAAGAACACAGGAUCUGCUUGUAUGAGUGCCCAUCAGCAGAAACAUGGCAGUGAACAAGUGCAGGCAUACUGUUGCACUUCUGCAAUUGAGCUGUGUGUAAUUUAUUCUUUUAAGUAUUUUAAGCACUAGAAUAUACACUGGCUGCCAUUUUAGUUGCAAUAAAUAGGAUAUAUAAAUAUAUAUGUAUAUUUAUAUAGAAAUUUAGGGGUUUGGGUUUAUUGAAUUAAUGUCAUAUAUUGUCUUAAUCCAAUGGGUCUUUGGCCCAUUAACAUACAUAUUUUGAAUGUCUGGUUUAUUUGCAGAAAACCAAUGUGUUAUAUAGAAUUUCUAAAGGUUCUACAGUAUAUAUUGUAAACAUUUUAUUCCGUGGUCCAGUACCCUUUUUUUUGUAGUGGGUUAUCUUUCCACUGCAUUUUGCUAACAGCAUUUAUUUUCUUUUACCAAUUCCAAGUGAGUCAGUGUAAAAAAUAAGGAUUAUGGUGUGGGUCUUGAAUAAAGUGUGUUCUAUUUAACUACA